AUGCAGGCCGAAAUCCGAGCACAGAUCCCCAACAUCGACGAGGUGGUCGUGGACUAUGCCGCCGGCUACCUACAUCAUGCCGCCCGCCAGUUCAGCGCCGAUGGAGAUCCGCUCGCAGAUGCAGCGUCCGUCAUUGCCCAGUUGCUUCUCUCCGCCUCUGGCGACUUGUCGGAUGAAAACGAAGUCUCCGUACACAAUCUCGUAUCCAAAUUCAUCGAGCGUCUCCACAACGAAGCCGGAACCGAUGGCGAAAGCAAACGACAGGCCCCAUCCGCCAGGCGCCUCGACCACAGUAUCCAGGUGGGAUCUCAACGGAACAUCUCUUCUACUCUUGGCUUAACUGGCAACGCCGUCGACCUGGAAUCCGCCAACACGAGAAAGGUCGAGUCUCGCGUAGACAAGAAGAAGCUCGAAAAGGCGGAGAGGAAACUCCGAGCCAAGCAGGAUCGAAAGGAGUUCAAGACCGUGGAGUACGAGGCUUCACGACUUCUUGAUCAACCGGACGAGCAACAGUCGUACGAGGAGUUCUUCAUGGCCGUCAACCCUCUCCAGCUCGGAAGUGAUGCGCAGUCGAAGAGCAAAGACAUCAAAGUCGACGGCAUUGAUGUGGCGAUUGGUGGCAAGCGUAUCCUUUCCGAGACGAUGUUGACCCUCGCCUACGGCCGAAGAUAUGGUCUGGUGGGACAGAACGGUAUCGGUAAAUCCACGCUUCUUCGCGCCUUGAGCCGGCGUGAGGUGGCUAUUCCCACCCACAUCUCCAUCUUACACGUGGAGCAAGAGAUUACUGGAGAUGACACGCCGGCUCUACAGGCUGUCUUGGACGCAGACGUUUGGAGAAAACACCUGCUCAAGGAGCAAGACAAGAUUUCCAAAGAACUGGCGGCGCUGGAGGCCGAGCGGGCGUCUCUGGCAGACACUUCGGUUGAUGCCGCUAGGCUUGACAAACAACGAGAAGGUCUCGACAUCACCCUCAGCGACAUCCAAGGCAAACUGGCCGAGAUGGAAUCAGAUAAAGCGGAAUCUCGCGCGGCUUCCAUUUUGGCCGGUCUCGGUUUCUCCCACGAGCGUCAGCAAUUCGCCACCAAGACUUUCUCUGGAGGUUGGCGUAUGCGUCUCGCCCUUGCGCGAGCCCUAUUCUGUGAGCCGGAUUUGCUACUCCUCGACGAACCGUCAAACAUGUUGGACGUCCCCUCCAUCACCUUCCUUUCCGAUUACCUUCAAACCUAUCCCAGCACAGUCCUCGUCGUCUCCCACGACCGUGCGUUCCUCGACGAAGUCGCCACCGACAUCAUUCACCAGCACUCCGAGCGCCUCGAUUACUACAAGGGUGCAAACUUCACCUCCUUCUACGCGACGAAGGAAGAACGACGCAAGACGGCGAAGCGCGAGUACGAGAACCAGAUGGCGGCGCGCGCGCAUCUGCAAGCCUUCAUCGACAAGUUCCGCUACAACGCCGCCAAGUCGUCGGAGGCACAGUCUCGCAUCAAGAAGCUGGAGAAGAUGCCCAUUCUUGAAGCGCCGGAGAGCGAGUACAUUGUGCACUUCAAAUUCCCCGACGUGGAGAAGCUCUCCCCGCCCAUCAUCCAGAUGUCAAACGUCAGCUUCGGGUACACCAAGGACGCCCCGCUCCUUAAGAACGUCGACCUCGACGUGCAACUCGACUCCCGGAUUGGAAUCGUCGGGCCCAACGGCGCCGGCAAAACCACCGCCCUGAAACUCCUCAUCGGCGCUCUAUCGCCCACCUCCGGCCUCAUCUCCUCCAACCCGCGCCUCCGCCUCGCCUUCUUCGCCCAACACCACGUCGACGCCCUCGACAUGAACACCUCCGCCGUCUCCUUCAUGGCCUCCCGCUACCCCGGAAAAUCAGACGAAGAGUACCGCCGCCACCUCGGCGCCUUCGGCAUAACAGGCAUGACGGGUCUCCAAAAAAUGGAGCUCCUCUCCGGAGGACAGAAGUCCCGCGUCGCCUUCGCCUGCCUCGGCCUGCUCAACCCGCACAUCCUCGUGCUCGACGAACCCUCCAAUCACCUCGAUAUCGAGGCGAUGGAUGCGCUGAGCACGGCGCUGCGUCAGUUUCAGGGCGGCGUGUUGAUGGUUAGCCACGACGUUACCAUGUUGGAGAAUGUGUGCACGAGUUUGUGGAUUUGCGAUAAGGGAACGAUUGAGCAUUUCGAUGGAACGGUGAAGGAUUACAAGAAGCGGAUUAGUGCGCAGGCCGGGCAGGCGGGGGUCGUGCGGCAGCAUUAG